AUUACAUACACAAUCACAAUACUUCAUACUUCUUCUUGACUUGAGGUGCUCUGACUGAAGAAGUAAGUCAUCCUAUGAUCCUACAUCUGAGUGUGUUUCUGCAUCUUUCCAGUCCAGUUCGGGAUUUUCUUUAGUGAGUUGACACGUUUGACUGUAGAAUGGACGCAGCUGCUGAACUUGUGCUUUGCAGACAAGUAUCUUUUGAGGCGCAUAAAGAGGUGUCACCAAUAUCAUUGGUGGAUGAACCUUGUCCAUUUGGCUGCAUAAGCAAUGACGGUUCACCUGGAAACUUGGUGAUCAGAUACCACACAUAUGAAUGGGCUCAUGUCCGGUGCAGCAACCUAAAUUGCAUAUACCGUCCUUUUUCUGUGAAGAAUCCACUGGAUUUGAGCGCGUUUUUCAAUCAACCUGAUCCUGAAAAUGCGCUGGAAACGGAGGAACACAAAGAAAGGAUUCAAUUAUUCUUGAAGUGGAUGGAUGAGGAACGCUCUUUGGUCAACCCUGAAGACUUUGCUGAAGCAGUUGCUGCAGACUCUCUGAAUGAAUCUAACGAAGUAGAGUUGUCCAACCAGGAGCUGCUAAAAGCUGUUCUUGCUCAUACCAAAAAUUCUUACCUGAAUAUUAGCGAGCAGGAACAAGCCUUGUCUCAGCAGAGAUACUUUCUUCAGCAGUCUUGCAAGUACAAAGUAGAUGAAGAGUCAAGUAGUGGUUCUGAUUAUUCGUUUGAGGAAACCCCCAAGAAAAGAGGUAGGAAGAAGAAGAAGAAUGAGUUUGUCAAACCAGCUCCAACAGCAACUCCCUCUGGAAAGAAAAGAGGUCGGCCAAAGGGAUACUCUCCCAAGAAAGCCAGACUGCAAGCCGAACUCAAGGCAAAGCUCUUUGGUGAAAGUCCAGUUGCAGCUGCCUUAACAGAGCCCAGGCCGGAGAUAGUUGAUGAAAGCCCAGCUGCAGUUGCUUACGAAGUCAUUGACUUGGACGACAAAGCAGCUGUGAGCAACGGUGUCAACUAUUAUUCAGCCAAGCCUCAUUUGAGAAACCCUAACAAGUUUUCCCUCAAGACUGCUGCUAGGAAUUUAUUUGGAUCUAGCAGCUCCAAAAAGUACAACCAAGCUCGGUUACAUUUCAUCAAAGCUCUCAUCUUGGCUGGCCAAAUUCCAGAACGGAAACCAAUUGUUAAACAGGGAAAGAGUGAAACUUUAAACUCUCCACAUGUUGCCAAGGUUCCUCGAAAGGCUGGAAUCCAAGGGAAAAGCAAAGCUCACAAGAAAGGUUCCAUUAAGAAGAUCAAAACCAUCAAAACUCUGAAAAUUUGCUCAAAGGAGGAGGGUCAAAUGAAUGGCAAGAAGAAGCAGUCUGCUUUAGAGACCAAGGAGGAGAAGAAAACAGCGUCCAAGAACAAGAAGACAAAACAGAAACCCAAGAACAAAGAUGUUGGUUGUAGCCAGCCUAGCUUAGUUGAAGAGGUCAAUAAGCAGCACCCACUCUUGAAGAGGAUUGCUGAGGACAAUUCCAUGUACCCCAAUCAGAUACUGGAGCCAAAUCUUGAGAGUGACAUCCCUUCAGGCCGCGUUCUGAGACCCAGGAGUAGGCAGCUGCCAGCAGAUGGGUAAAAGGUGAACAGUUCAGAUCUUCCUGGAUUAUAAAAUCUAAAUAGAUAAUUUUGUCUACAAUAAAAGUUUAAUAACUUAAGGAUCAUAUAAUCUUGGUUGAUUAUCAUACAGCAUCA